UUUGGUUACCAGACCGCAAUAGGUUAACGUGGGUGGGCGUGCAAAGAUUCUUGAAUUUUUUGCCAAUAUGGUCGUGAAAGAGACAACAAAAGGGCUGGCUGAAUGCCUAGCAACGAUCGAGAAGCACGAAGGGAAGGGCCUGGUGUUUAUUCUGUUUUGUGGGGACAAAGAUGCCUCUGGGAACAGUUGGUGUCCAGAUUGUGUGGAUGCUGAGCCUGUUGUGACCGCAGGUCUGGCAUCAGCCCCAGAUGAUGCAGUAUUUAUCUACUGCUGUGUCGGAGACCGGGCUUUCUGGAAAGAUCAGCAGAAUGGUUUCCGGACGAACAAUAAGGUGAAAUUGAGCGCCGUGCCGACGCUACUCAAAUGGGGAACGCAAAAACGAUUGGUCGAAGAAGAAUGCAAGAAACCGGACCUUGUGAAGAUGUUCUUUGAAGACGACGAUUAAUAUAUAUGGACUUCAAUGGAAAACACAGCAGUGGUGUGAUCCACUUAAAGCUACAGUCCAUCAUUUGUAAUUUGUGCAUU